CACCCUCCAGUCCGCCUCCCUGCCCUCCGCGACAGCGCUCCCCUCGCCCCCGUCCGCCGAAGCUCGCCACCCCAGAGAAAUUUCUCCCCAUCAGCCCCGCCGUCGACUUCUUCUCCCCCGUUGCACUGGACUGGCGUGGAGUCGAUCGUUCAGUUUCUUGCGGGCUCGCGUGGCGGCGGACUUUCCAGGAGGCUCGGCGGCGUUCGGCUGUGCAUUGUGGAACCAUGCUCAGUGUCAAGUCCGAACCUGCAACUGCAAUGGAUGCAGUGGGUAAGUCGAAAAUCGAGGAGCAUGAACAGAAGGUAAACAGAUACCAAGCUGAACUUGCAGCUCGCAUUAAGGCCAAAUACUUCUCUAAUAAGGCUUUUGACGGAGGAAAAAUCUUUGAAGAAGAAACUAUUGUUGAAGGCGAAACCAUCCGUUCAAGUAGGUGGUCAUGUACAAGUUCGUACGCGAACCCGGUAAAUUUUCUCCGAGAGAAGAGCCAUGAGAGGAGGGAUUCUCCAUCUUCAGCAGCAGAUUCCUCUGCCAAGAACGAUUCUCCAUCUUUGGUAGCUGAAGCUUCACCAAAGAAUAAUGCAGGUGUUUUGGCAACAGCAAACAAUCUAACACCUGGCAAGAGACAGGCAUCCAAGGAGACCUGAUGGGAUAACAGCAGGCUAGUGGGUUGUUGUAUGUUCUUCUCAAGCCUGAAGACAUGCAACAACCCGAAGCAUGCAAGUUAUCAUAUAAUAAAAAUCUGUCCAGCAGAUGUAUGUUGGCGAUGCUUGAUUCAUUUCGUUGAACCAGUUUCAGCAGCAUCUGUUGUGAACAAUUUGUUGCCUUAAGUCUUAAGGUAUAUGCUACCUGAGGCAUGCAAGUUAUCUUUUAAAAAUAGCCUGUCCUGCAUAUUAGGCGAUGCUAGGUUCAUUUCAUCGAAUCUUUUUUCAGCAGCAUUUCUUGCGAACAAUGAUUGCACUAUGCACUUUGAAUUUAAUUUUGUGACAUCCAAAUGGGAAGCAUGCUGAUGGUGGUGAUAUUCA